GACAACGAAAACAAACGAUUUCAAUGCCCUGUCUGUCUGAACCGAUUCAGCCGUCGAUAUAACCUCGGCACGCACAUCAAAACACACGACAGAAAUCGAAUGAAGCAAUACGCUUGUCAUAUUUGCAGCAAGUCCUUUGACCGCAAACAUGAUUGCGAACGACAUAUUUCCACCGUGCAC